AUGACAUUGUUAAUAUUUUUUGCCCUGGUUUGCUUGAUUUCAAUAACUUAUGCAUAAUGGUAAUUAUAAUAUGGUUUCUUAUACUAAAAUUAGAAAUUUACUUAUCACUCUGGAACUUUGAUAUAUAAAUAUUCAGGAUACUUUGUUUCGUCAACAAAUACUGAAACUGCUUAUUUUAUCACUUGCACAACUCCUCCAACAAGUUACAUAACUCUAAAUAACGCAAAUUUAGUAGCACAAUAUUAUUUAUCCUAUUCUUACAAGAAUGGUUAUUUUGUAUCAGUGGAUUUAUAUUUUCAAGGUACAUGGUCAACUUAAGAUGUAACCUUUGUUUUUGGGUCAUUUUCAUACUCAUAUACAUAUACAUCACCUCCAACUUAUUCAUUGACAACAUAAUUUUGUGACAACAUUAUUGCUGAAGUAAGAACUGUCAACUUCACAAUUAUUACAGCGGGCUCUACUUAAGGCAAAACUUAAGUAUAUGUCUCAAACACCACUACUGGAUAAGUUUCAAUUAGAAAUUUUUAUAUAUCAAGUCCACAAUGCUAUCCUUCAUGUGUGUCUUGUACAGGUCCAAAAUUUAAUCAAUGCACAGGAUGUUAUUAUGGAUCGCCUACAAAUAACAUCUGUCCACCUUGUCCAUCAAAUUUAUAUUAUUAGAAAAUUGUUGGAUGCAUGAAUAUUUGUGAUAUCUCCUCACCAUUAUAUUAGAAGGGAUUUUGUUAAAAUUUUGGAAGUAAAAAUUAUUAUUAUAUUAAAAUAAUAGUUCAAUCUUUAGAAUAUGGUAGCUUUGAGGAAGCAUUUUCCUCUGAAAAUUAUAAAUGGUCAUUAAUAUAUGACCCAAAGCAUAUAGAUACAUCUCCAACUAUCAUCAGAUUGAAUUCAUAUAAUUAUGGAGUAUUUAAGUUUAGUUCUGGUAUAUAUAGAUUUUUUAACAAAAUAUCUUCUUAUUCCUAUUCAACUUACUUAAUUGGAAUCAAAAUUUCUAUAUUCACAUAUAAUCAAAUUCCUAUUGAUUGUGGAAUAUAAUUUAAAAUUAAUAAUACUUAUUUUGGAUCAAUUUAUAGAAAUGACUCUGGAAUUCAAACACAUAAAUUAAUAGUCUAUGAAAACACAUAUUCAGGUUCAUAUACAACUUAUUAAUCGAUUAGAAGAUAUGAUUUAAUUACAUAUGUUGAUAUUCCUUAAUACUCAUUUAUAUUUUCUGCAGUAGGGAAUUAUACGUAAAUAUUAUAUGUAAAUAUCAUAGAGAUGAUACUGCAGGAUGGGGAAUGGUUUCAUUCUAAAUUACUUCAGGAUAUUGUCCUCAAAAUUGUUUAUUGUGUGAAGUACCAUUUAAAUGUCAAACUUGCACCUCUGGAUAUUAUAUUAAUAAAGGUAUUUGCAUAAGCAAUUGUUCAGGCGCAAAUUAAAAAUUAAAUGGUUCUUCUUAUUGUUAAGAUUUUGAUGAUGAAACAUUAUGUAAAAUAUAACGAUAGAUAUUUUUAGACUCUUAUUAUUUAGUUUAAGAAUAUACAAAUAAAGCUGGUGAUCUUGAUUAGUAUGCCUAAUAUUAAUUAAUAUAUGAAAUCGGAACCAACUUUUUAAAAGGUUUAGAUAUUUAUUAUUCAUAUUGGUAAUCAUUUCGAGUUUUUGGAGGACCUUUUGUUUGGGCUUAAGCAAAAUUCGAAAGGGUUCAUCACAUAAUUGAUCCACAUCAUAGUGUAACUAUUAGCUUUUUUAUCCUUUAUGGGCCAUCAUUCCCUACAGAUGGAUAUUUUAUAUACACAAUUGAGAAUAAUCCAUCUGUUUUUAAAAAUGCACAAAGUUUUUAUUCAUCUUAAUCAGAUGGAACUAAACAGGACAAAGUAUAUUAAGUAUUAUCACAUAAUACAAAUACAUUAACUAUGUAAUGGGAAUGUUUGGGACUUAAUAAUGAACCAAUUAAUGCUUAUUGUGGAUUCUAUAAUUAUUUUAUAGUUGUUCAUUAAUGUUAACCUUAUUGCUUAUAAUGUUCUGAUUAAAGUACAUGUACAUAAUGGAAUAGUACUUAUGAUUCGACAAUUGUAUAAUUUUCAUAAUCAGAAUGUUUGCUUAACUAAUAUUAUGAUUAAGAUUCAAUUAGAUGUUUGGAUUGUCCAUUAUCUUGUUAAACAUGUACAUCUUAAUUAAAUUGUUAAACAUGUUCAUCUAAUUAUACUUUAAGUAAAUUAGGAUGUACAUGUACAUUAAACGAAUAUGAAGAAUCAAAUUAAUGUUUUGAUUGUCCUAUUGAAUGUAAUUAAUGUUUAAGUUCUACUCAUUGUAUAGAAUGUUUAAUUACUAAUAAUAGAUAGUUAUAAAAUGGGUAAUGUAUAUGUUUCGAUGGAUAUUAUCCAAUUAUAUCAAAUCCUUAAUGUUAAAUAUGUCAUUAAUUUUGUAACACUUGCACUGGACCCAAUUCUAAUUAGUGUUUAAGUUGCAAAGAUAUUGCUAAUAUUCAACUUGAAGAAACAACUUGUCGAUGUCAAGCUGGAACAUACUUUUAAGAUUCAAUAAAAGCAUGUUCUCCAUGUCAUUUAUCAUGUUAAACAUGUUUUAGUUCUGGUGUUAAUGAUUGCUUAACAUGCAAUUCUUCUCUUAAUCGAUUUUUAAAAGGAUUAAGAUGUGAAUGUUAAUCUGGCUAUUAUGAAUUAAAUAAUAUUUGUACAAGUAUUUAAAAUUAAUGAUAAUAAUAGCUUGUCCAAUUACAGAAGAUACANUAAGCAAUUGUUCAGGCGCAAAUUAAAAAUUAAAUGGUUCUUCUUAUUGUUAAGAUUUUGAUGAUGAAACAUUAUGUAAAAUAUAACGAUAGAUAUUUUUAGACUCUUAUUAUUUAGUUUAAGAAUAUACAAAUAAAGCUGGUGAUCUUGAUUAGUAUGCCUAAUAUUAAUUAAUAUAUGAAAUCGGAACCAACUUUUUAAAAGGUUUAGAUAUUUAUUAUUCAUAUUGGUAAUCAUUUCGAGUUUUUGGAGGACCUUUUGUUUGGGCUUAAGCAAAAUUCGAAAGGGUUCAUCACAUAAUUGAUCCACAUCAUAGUGUAACUAUUAGCUUUUUUAUCCUUUAUGGGCCAUCAUUCCCUACAGAUGGAUAUUUUAUAUACACAAUUGAGAAUAAUCCAUCUGUUUUUAAAAAUGCACAAAGUUUUUAUUCAUCUUAAUCAGAUGGAACUAAACAGGACAAAGUAUAUUAAGUAUUAUCACAUAAUACAAAUACAUUAACUAUGUAAUGGGAAUGUUUGGGACUUAAUAAUGAACCAAUUAAUGCUUAUUGUGGAUUCUAUAAUUAUUUUAUAGUUGUUCAUUAAUGUUAACCUUAUUGCUUAUAAUGUUCUGAUUAAAGUACAUGUACAUAAUGGAAUAGUACUUAUGAUUCGACAAUUGUAUAAUUUUCAUAAUCAGAAUGUUUGCUUAACUAAUAUUAUGAUUAAGAUUCAAUUAGAUGUUUGGAUUGUCCAUUAUCUUGUUAAACAUGUACAUCUUAAUUAAAUUGUUAAACAUGUUCAUCUAAUUAUACUUUAAGUAAAUUAGGAUGUACAUGUACAUUAAACGAAUAUGAAGAAUCAAAUUAAUGUUUUGAUUGUCCUAUUGAAUGUAAUUAAUGUUUAAGUUCUACUCAUUGUAUAGAAUGUUUAAUUACUAAUAAUAGAUAGUUAUAAAAUGGGUAAUGUAUAUGUUUCGAUGGAUAUUAUCCAAUUAUAUCAAAUCCUUAAUGUUAAAUAUGUCAUUAAUUUUGUAACACUUGCACUGGACCCAAUUCUAAUUAGUGUUUAAGUUGCAAAGAUAUUGCUAAUAUUCAACUUGAAGAAACAACUUGUCGAUGUCAAGCUGGAACAUACUUUUAAGAUUCAAUAAAAGCAUGUUCUCCAUGUCAUUUAUCAUGUUAAACAUGUUUUAGUUCUGGUGUUAAUGAUUGCUUAACAUGCAAUUCUUCUCUUAAUCGAUUUUUAAAAGGAUUAAGAUGUGAAUGUUAAUCUGGCUAUUAUGAAUUAAAUAAUAUUUGUACAAGUAUUUAAAAUUAAUGAUAAUAAUAGCUUGUCCAAUUACAGAAGAUACAUCUUUAACUAAAUGUUAUAAAUUAUGUAAUAAUAAUUAAAAUAUAUGGCAUACUAUUGCAUGUAAUUCGUGUGAUAUAGGGUUUCAAUUAGUAUUAGGAGAAUGCGAACCUAUUUGUGGAGAUUCAUUAAUAAAAGGAUAUGAAUAAUGUGAAAAUAAUGGCGGUCUUAUAGAUAAUUUAUGUUAUAAUUGUUAAUUUCAAUGUUCAGCUCAUUGUUAAACUUGUGAUGAAUAAACUACUUGGCCAUGUCCUGAUAUAUGUGGUGAUGGAUAUAUUACUGGUAAUGAAGAAUGCGAUGAUGGUAAUACAAUUUAAUAUGAUGGAUGUUAUAAUUGUAAGUAUCAAUGUGAAUUUACAUGUACAAAAUGUAUUAAAGGAGAGUGUUUUGAAUGUGCUGAAGGAUGGAUUAUUAAUCCAACAAUUAUUCCUUGGAAAUGUGAAGAAAAAUGCGGAGAUAAAAUGAUAGUUGGAAAUGAAUAUUGUGAUGAUGGAAACACUAAUAAUUAAGAUGGAUGCUCAAAUUGUUAGUUUCUCUGUAGAAUUGGUUGUUCAUCUUGUGAUGAAAGUAAAUAAACAUGUUUAAGUUGUGAGUUACCUGGCUUUACUCCAUACUCUUAUUAUUGCAAAAAUAUUUGUGGAGAUGGAAUAGUAGUAUCAGAUCCUCAAGGAUUCUUCUCAGAACAAUGUGAUGAUAGUAAUACAGUAAAUAAUGACGGUUGUAAUAAUAAUUGUUCAUUUUAAUGUUAAUCAUCAUCUAUUUGCAUUAGUUGUAUUAAUAAUAGAUGUGAAACUUGUGCUUCUUAAUAUUUUCUGUCUCCCAAUAAAAUAUGUAUUCCUCUUUGUGGUGAUUCAAUUUAACUACCUGGAGAGAUUUGUGAAGAUGGUUUAAUAUUACCAUAUAAAGGAUGUUAAAAUUGUAUUCCUAAGUGUUAAUAUUCUUGCAUUAAUUGUGAUACUUCAGGACUUGGUUGUCUAUAAUGUAAACCAGGCUACAAUAUAAUUGAUAAUUUAUGUUAUUCUAUUUGUGGAGAUAGAAUAGUAACAGAUGAUGAAUAAUGUGAUGAUAGCAAUCUAAUUUUAGGUGAUGGAUGUCAUUUUUGUGAAUUUAGUUGUUAAGAUUCAUGUUUGAAUUGUGUUUAAGGUGUUUGUUAAGAUGGUUAUGAUUUAAUAUCAUCUGAGUUUUAUGCAAUCUUUGGAGAUGAAAUUUGGAUUAAUAAUUAAUAAUGCGAAAUGAUCAAUUCAUGUAAUAUAUGUUUGAAUGGAAUAUGUCAAUCAUGUGAAAUUAAUUAUGAAUUAGAUUAAUUAAAUAAUUCAUGUAAGUUAAUACAAUUGAUAUAACCUAAUUGUAAAAUGUUAGAUAAUGAUUAAUGUAUAUAAUGUUAAGUUGGAUAUCUAGAUUUAAUUACAAAUACUUGUAUAAUUGAUAAUAAAAUGAAUUAAUGUUCAAAAAAUUGUAAAUAAUGCUUACUAUAGAAAUGUAUAGAAUGUGAAUAGGGAUAUUAUGGAAAUAAAUGUAUUUCUAAAUGUGGGGAUGGUAUUAUAGUAUAGGAAGAAGAAUGUGAUGAUGAAAAUUAAUAUGAGGUAGAUACAUGUCUAAAUUGUAAAUAUUAAUGUCCUCAAUAUUGUACAUUAUGUGCUUAAGGAAUUUGUACUCAUUGUUUUGUUGGAUUCUAUUUGGAUAUUGUAACUAAUUCAUGUAGUUCAAUUUGCGGUGAUAAAAUACUGGCACAUGAUGAAGUUUGUGAUGAUGGUAAUGAAUUCAGAUAUGAUGGAUGCUUCAAAUGUAAUUACUAAUGCCAAAUGGAAUGCUUGAAUUGCUAAUUUGGAAAAUGCAUGGAAUGUGAAUCUCCUUUAGUAGCUGUAAAAUCAAAAGGUAUUUGUGAAUAAUUAAAAUAAUGUGAAGGUUUAAUUGGAUUAUAUUAUGAUGAUUUUUGUAAUGAUUGUUUGCCAUAAUGUGGAGAUGGUAUUGUUGCAGGCACUGAACAAUGCGAUGAUUAGAAUAAUACUCCUUAUGAUGGAUGUUAUGAGUGCAAACAUUAAUGUUAAAUUGGUAAUUUACUUUAUUAAACUUCUUGUAUUCCUAUUUGUGGAGAUGGAAUUGUAAUUGAUGAAUAUGAAGAGUGCGAUGAUUAAAAUGAUUAACCGUAUGAUGGAUGUUUUGAAUGCUAAUUUUAAUGUAUAUAAAAUUGUCUAAUUUGUUAAAAAGGAUCAUGUCUUUAAUGCGAUAUAGAUUUUUCCUUCAAAAAUAAUUAAUGUUUGUUCAAUAUCUAAUAUGAUAAUCUUAAUAUUAGCAUAAUUGAACAAUCAUAAAGUAAUAAUUACACAAUUAUAAAUACUAAAAAUUCACGAGAGUUGUUUUUUUAUGAAAAUAGUGUAUGCCGAAAAUCUGAUUGUGUUUACUCUAAAAAACCUAGCAUGAAACUAACAUUUAAAGAUUAAUAAUAUGCUCUUUAUUAUAUUGAAAUUACAUAUAAUUAAGAAGUAAAAUAUAGUGAUUAAGUAAUAUAAGACUAAAACUUAUUUAAUAUAAGCAUUAGGGACUUGAAUCAUAAUAAUUAUAACAUCACAAUCAAUGAAAUUUAAGAAAUGUCAUUAGAUCUUUAAUAUGCUUAGUAUUAAAUUUUGAUUGAAAUAUUUUCAUAGCCUUAAACAAACCCAGUUCUUUUAGUUUAGUUGAAUCAAGAAAUUGUUAACGAAAAUAAUUAAACAAUUAUUAAUCUUAAUGAAUCAAUCACCCUCUAAUACCCAAAAAUAAUAUCUAAAUUAACAAAAUCAAUUUCUAUAAGUACUUAAAAAACAAAUAAAAUAUUUAUGAUAGGAGCAAUUUCUCUAUCUGUGAUUUCUUUGGUUACUGGUGAAAGUUAGAUUGUAGUAGAAACACUGAAUCUUUUAUAAUAUCAAUAAUACUUAAGAUUUAUUAAUGUAGACUACCCAGAGAAUCUCUAAAUAUAUUUUUAAGCAUAUGAUUUGUUAUCUAUAGAGUCUUAUUUAAAAGUUUUUGAAAUCGAUGACUAUGUAGAUCUUAUAACAAGAAAAGAAAAAUAAAUCGAUCUGAGUGGAAAAUUUAAAUUAUAUAAUAUAGAAGCUGAUCUUUUUACCAAUAUUCUACCAUAACUGAUUUAGAUUUUAGGAUUGAUAACACUACCUUUUGUUGCAAAAAAAAUUUAUGCUAUAUUUUUUUAUAUAACUGAAUAUAUGAAAUAGUUGAAGCAAGAAAAAACUUUAAAAUCUAAGAUUUUAAUUUCAAUCCUUACUUCAUUACUAAGUCUAAGAAGAUGUAUCAAAUCAUUAAUGAAAUUAAGAUAUCUAUAAAAUUAAGACAACUCUUAUACAUUAAUUCUUGGGAUUUAAUAUUUAAAGUGAUUUUAUAACUUUAUUAUAAUUAAAUAAAUAAUUUGAGGAGUAUUUUAACAUCUAUUUUUGCAACUCUAAUAUUAUUGAUGUGCAUUAGCUUUUAAUUAAAAUCAUUAAUUUAAUUCAAUAAUGUUAAAUAUAAAUAUAUUCAACCAAAGUUAGAAAUAAAAUACAUUAUUUUAGAUAUUUUCAGAGCAAUGUUUUUCCAUACAGUAUUAAUAUUAUUGUAAGAUGAAUAUACCUUGCAAUGCUUAUUUAUAUCUGUCAGCAGUUUUAUUUAAUGUUGCUUAAUCUAUAAAUAUAAAUAGUGUUCUAAAUUAGAUAGGAUUAUAUUCUUAUUAGUUGAAGGAAUUUUAACAUUAUUUAGUUUAAGCUUAUUUUUAUAUUUUAAUAUUCCUCAGAUUUAGUUUUCUUAUGAAAACAAAGUUAUUUUAGGAUUCAUUUAGAUGAGCUUUUUGAUUUUGAGUCUUGUAAUAGUUUUUUUAAAGCAAUUAUAUCCUAAAUUAUAACAUAUUUUGAAAUUAAUUUGGUAAAAAAAAGGAAGUGGUAGUAAUAACUAGUGA